GUUACAUUGGAAUGAAUAUCUUAAAUAUGACUCCCUGGGGAUCUUGUCAAAGCUGCCUUGUAGAGCGGAAAAGUUCCCGGGAAACAAGACCAUAGCAAGACGUAUAGCCAUGGUGGGCCGACUGCUGCGCUGCAUCCUAAUCCUAAUCCUCGUCAGCUUUACCGUCUUCUCGUACAUUUCGAACACAAGAACAAUGGCAAAAGUUGACUAUUUUAAACCGCCAGAACCCGAUUCGGGAGACCUACUCUUGAGCGGUAUAGUAUCCAAGGAUCCUGGAGAUCGGCAAAACAUUGACAGGAUACAGCGGCUCCGGCCCUUAAAAAAAAGUAUUUUAGACGGAAACGGCAACAGUAGUGGCAGCCGCGGCAAAAUUAUUACUUUUAAUUAUCCAAAAAUUAAUGCCAAAGACGCCAUAGCCUUGGUCAGGAGCAGAAGAAUAGAACAGGACCAGCUGCUGAAUAGGGACAAAAAGCAAAAGGUAUUUUCGAAAGUGAUACUAGACUCGAAGCAUAUUUUAGGGAGGAAAUCAAUGGAGUUGCUUUCGGUAGAGACCGAAGUUCCCGUCCGAACACUAGUACGAACUAUAUACGAGCCCGGUCACUUGGACAAUGAUAUUGACGUGGGAAGGAUAUGUCCCCGAGAAGGCUUGUACACAAAGUUGCUGGUACUGAUUACCUCAGCUGUCCACCAUGAGGCGGCUAGGAUGGCCAUUCGGCAGACGUGGAUGCACUACGGGAGCAGGAGGGAUGUAGGGAUGGCCUUCGUCCUGGGACGGAGCACCAACCAUACUCUGGAGGAGGCCCUUGGCCGAGAGGAUUUCAUGUACCGAGAUCUGGUAAGGGGACACUUCAUAGACUCGUACAACAACCUGACUCUGAAAACUAUCUCGAUGCUGGAGUGGACGGAUCUUCACUGUUCAAAGGCCAAGUUCGUCCUUAAGACGGACGACGACAUGUUCAUUAAUGUGCCCAAACUGAUAACUCUCAUGACAACUCUCAAUGCCAAUCGAUCGAUAUACGGGCGUCGGGCUGAGAAUUGGAAACCAAUCCGUAAUAAGUGGUCCAAAUAUCACAUAUCCUUCGCUCAGUAUGGAAAGGCCACCUUUCCCUUCUUCACCACUGGGCCCGCCUACCUGCUCACCGGAGACAUAAUUCACGCCCUCUACCUCCAAUCGCUGGACACAGCCUUCCUAAAACUGGAGGACGUUUUUACAACUGGAAUCGUUGCCGGAAUUCUGGGUAUCCGUCGGAUAAACGUGCGAGAGAUCGCCAACACCCGCACAAAGUUCGAGGCGUGUCACAUCCGCGACAGAGUUUCCAUCCACAUGGUGCGGAAUAACGAACAGUUCGAGCUGUGGAAGAUGUUGUUGGACGAUACCAUUAAGUGUGUUAAAAUGUAAAUGCAAGUCUUUAUUUUAAUUAGUAUAGUUUAGUAAGGUUGAAGUAAAAAUCGGUAUAUUUGUAAAAACAAAUGAUUA